AUGUGCUUGAGGGGAAUAAUGGUUGAUCAUCAGCUCUUCUGUCCCACUGAGCAGGUGCAGCAGCCGGAGGAUGGGGAUGCGGAAUAUGCUGCUGUUUUGUUCGAGGUUCAAGAUGCUACCAUUCGCAAAGAGAACAGCGAAAGACACCUUGUUUUCAAAGGCAACAAGCUUACUGGGGGGUUGAGUCAGGUUUAUUUCAACGGAAAUGCGAUUUACAUGGAGGAGGACGAUGCGUACAUCUUUCUGUCGACUGUGAUUAAUGAGGCGGAAGUUAAGGAAGUUGUUGUGUUCCGCUCUGAGGAUGGUUUUCUCUACAAUGCGAUUUCAGUCAUCCCGAGCCUGCAGGAGGCUCAGCAGCAUUACAUGAUUUAUGAAGGCGAUCGCAUGCUCUCUGUAGUGUCGUCCUUCAAUGGAUCGUACUACACAGGUGUGUCAUCUGGCUAUGGAGGCAGGCACUGGUCGGCCGUGAAGAUGCUCAACAUAUCUACACCACCAACAUCUGUCACGUUUUCCUCGGGAGUACAGCUCCAGUACGCGUGCUCGAACGAAACAGCUGAGAGAGCCAAGUGGUACGUUGUCGACGACAGGGGCCGACACGCUAUUGAAAAAGAGGCACCAGAGCUACCCGCUGUCAGUAGAGCCACAUCCCGUUCUCCCUUUCUUGCGUUUUCCUUGAAAGCGUCUGACAGCGACAAAAAGAGAUUACUCGUUCUGCAGACCGAGCCCAUAGACGACAGACAGACCAACGUUCGCGCCUCCCUAUUUUCUGUGGACGACUCCGCCGAGGAAAAAGAGAAGGCGGAGAGGAUAGAAAAGUGGAAGAAGGAGCAGCAGAGAAUAGAAGCAGCCCGUUUCAAGGCGAGGCUGGAGAGACUGGAGCGGGAGAAAGCGCUGCGGCGCGAACGGAGGCGCAAGGAGGCGGAGCGUAAGGCACGGUUUAUAACCCUCGACGAACCAAAUGUGCGGGCAGCCAAGGAGUUUUUCGAGAAAGAUGGGGAGAUGAUACUUGUGCGCCGCGUGAACAAAGAUUCUGUUGCCUUUGAGAAGGAGGUUUUCUUUUCUGACCUCUAG